CUCUUCACAGCCAUGUCCUACAGCCAGGCACCUCCCACCUACUCUGCUCCCAAGAAGGGCUACGCCGCCGUGCCGCAGUCGCAGUCCGACGCGCCGGCUGCAGCGUCAGCAUCGGCUUCGGCAGCGACGCCGCUCCUCGCCUCGCACGACGCGGCGCCGCGGCAGGAGGGCGAUGUGGACGCCGACGACUUCAAGUACGGCGUCUCCGUCGAGCAGUCUACGCCCGAGGUACGGCAGAUGUUCUUGAAGAAGGUCUACUCGAUUCUCUUCCUCCAAAUCCUCGGCACUGCCCUCGUCGGCUCCACGAUGCGCAUUCCGGCCGUGUCUGCAUGGGUGAUGAACAACUCCUGGAUCGUGAUCGCCACGUCCAUUUCGGCGCUCAUUUCCAUGGGCGUGCUCUACUUCAAGCGUCAUUCGCACCCGACCAACCUGCUGCUGCUCGGCCUCUUCACCACGCUCGAGGCAGUGUCGCUCGGCAGUGCCAUUGCCUACGUCAACCAAGUCGUCGUGCUGCAGGCCCUCAUCCUCACCCUCUUCGUCUUUGCCGGCCUCACCCUCUUUGUCUGGAUCUUCCCCGAGCUCAACUACGCCAGGCUGGCGCCGUGGCUUUUCGGCGCGCUGCUUCUCCUCGUCGGCGCAGGAUUCGUGCAGCUCUUUGUGCCGUUCAGCAAUGCCGUCGACAUGGCCUUUGCCGGCAUUGGCGUCGUCGUCUUCUCUGGCUACAUCCUUUUCGACACGCACAUGAUCAUGAAGCGCAUGAGCGCCGAAGAAUGGGUGCUUGCCGUCAUCUCCCUCUACCUCGACAUCAUCAAUCUCUUCCUCUCCAUUCUGCGCAUCCUCAAUGGCGUGCAGGACGACUGAUGCGGUGUUCUCGACUCUCUUCAAGUCGGCUUCAGCGUCUUUUUCUCAAGCGGG